AGACCGGGGACUCGGAGAGGGGCAUCAUCUUUCUGGCGAAGUGCGUUUCGGUGGCAACUCCACUCGCGGUGUACUUCGACUUGCUUUAGAUUUCUCUCUCUAUAGAUCUGUCUUUGGGUGUUAUGGCGAUCUCGAUGGGGACGACGGGAUCGUUCGGGGCUUCGUCGUCGGCGAGUUGGGUGGGGAGGAGGACUUGGGGGGCGUUGAAGGGGAGGAGGAAGGGGGUUCGGUGCUCCGCCGCCGCUGCCGCCGGGAGCUUGAGGGAGCAGUACCGGACGCUGCGGAUCGAGCCAGGUGCCUCCGAGGAGGAGGUCAAGAAGGCUUACCGGCACCUCGCUCUUCGGUACCAUCCAGACGUAUGCAAAGGAAGCAAUUGCGGCGUUCAGUUUCAUCGGAUCAACGAAGCCUAUGAUAUUGUGAUGAGCUCCUUGAGGCAAGCCGAGGAGGAAAGGGAGCAAUGGGAGACACAGGAAUGGAGCGACGAUGGCUGCGCCUACGAACCGAUGAGGGGGAUGUGUGACCCAAGCUGGGAUUUGUGGGAGGAAUGGAUGGGGUGGGAGGGGGCUGGCAUCAGGGACUACUCUUCCCAUAUCAACCCUUACAUCUGAGCAAUUACAUCAAGCUAUUCUUUUGAAUGCUUUUUUUACGAGGACAAUGUACAUGGUUCUCCUCUAAAAUUCUCAGCGGUUGUGGGUGUAUCUGUACAUAAUUUAGACUCUUCUUACCUUUUCCUAAUUUUGGGGUGGGAAGGGUAUAUAUUGUUUCAACCUUCUCUCUUUAGAUGCAGUCAUGCAGUUAUGCUGCAUGCAUGUUGAAAAAUGCAAUGGUGAUUUGUCAUUGCUUUUCAUCAGCUUUCUUUCUUAGUCUCGUGUUCUUGGUCCGGUCGGUGCCACAUAAAUAGUGUUUUGCUUAUCCAAUAAAUCCAAAGGAAAAUGUCCUAAUCCUUUGCCUUAAAA